GGUUGUGGCUACACUGUCAACGUUGUUUCCAAACACAAGAGUCAACAAGUGAGUGAAGAACAUUGAUCUUCGGGAAGAACGUGAAGAACAAGCCGAGGAAGAAGUAUUUUGUGGCACAACUGCGACCUUAUUGCACCAAUGGAGGUGACGAAGGAGAAUUUUAAAGAGGUCCUUCCAAGUGUCCUUGAAGCAAUUGGCAAGGCAGAUUUUGUAGCCAUUGAUGCAGAGUUCACUGGAUUGCGGCAUUAUAAGACUUCAAGUUAUUGUGAGCUGGACACUGCAGAAGAGAGAUAUGCCAAGAGCAGAGAAGCUGCACGCAGUUUUGGAAUGAUUCAGUUUGGAGUAACUGCAUUUAGAUAUAUGAGAGAGAAGUCAGCAUAUUCCCAUGCCACAUUUUGCUUCUACCUGCUUGGGAAAACAGGAGAAAUUCUGUACUAUGACAAUUGCAGUCUCAAAUUCUUGGCUGACUGUGGAUUUGAUUUCAAUAAAUUAUAUAAAAGUGGGCUCUCCUACCUUUCCCUACUGGAAGAAGCUGAAGAAAGAGCAGAAUAUGCUAACCACUCCUUAGAACCACAAACACCAUCUCCAAUAAAAGUAGCAGAGGAGAGUGCAAAAAAAUUCUUGGAAGAGGUGGAAGCAAAAAUGAAAUUGCUAAUGGCAGAUGAGUCACAACAAGUUCUUGUGCUUCCUGGCAACAAUAUUUCUCCUUUUUUCCGGAAGAUCUUGUACAACAAUAUUGCAGCCAAGUUCAAAAAUAUUCUUGUUCGUCUUGUAACAACAAACGAUGAGAAAAAUAUUGAGAUAAGGAAGUUUGAGUCGCCUGAAUCUCGAAUAAAAUUUCUUGAAGAGGAGAGAGAGCGCAAACUAGAUGAAAAGAUUGGCUUUACUCACGUGAUUCGUAAGAUAUUAGAGACUAAAAAGCCAGUUGUGGGUCACAAUUUGGUUUUAGACUUGUUUCAUAUGAUGGAAAAGAUGGUUCAACCGUUACCAGAAAAAUGGGAGCAGUUCAAGAAUGUUUUCAAGUGUAAUGUUCCCACUGUAUAUGAUACCAAACUCAUAGCAAAGGAUCCUCCUUUCUGUGUGGACAUUCCAUUCACAUCUCUAGGAAAUCUGUUCAGUGAGCUGUGUAGCAAGUUUAGCCCCCCACAGUUUGUAAUUGAAAAUGGAUACAAAAGCUACAAAAUAGGCACCAACAGCAAGGCUCAUGAUGCCGGCUAUGAUGCGUUCAUGACAGGUGUCUGUUUUAUUGCAAUGAUCAAGAAGCUGGAUGGUGCUAACUGGAAGAAUAAGUCUGUAGUUACGUCAAAGCAUCUAGUCAUGUAUGCUAACAGAGUGAACAACAUGAGCUCCUAUGACAUUCCCUUCCUGAACUUGGUAGGACCUGAUGUUCAACCAGACAGGAGCCAAAUAUUUUGUGUGGAGUGUCCAUCUACAUGGAGUGCCAUGCAUGUCCAUGGACUCUUUCAUAUGAUUAAACCACUGAAGAUAGUGUGGGUGAAUAGCACUUUUCUAUAUGUUAUUCCUCUGGAGGAGAUGGACAAGAAGUCUUGCCGCCUACAUUUGAAGAAUAUUCUUGCCAGCUGUCCACCACUAGUACAUGUAAAGUUGUAUGGGGAUGCAUUAAACUCAAAGAGGAAAUCUGUAUCAGAUGAAGUUGUUUCUGGAGUGGAAACAAGAGCGAGUCGCAUACACGAAUUCAAACGCCUUAAGAGUGUUGGGUCAGACCAACUAUCAAAGAUGAGCUUAGAGUCUCCGAGUGCAGAAGAAGCGCCUUCCAUAAUUGGUGGAAGUAAUGGCAAGAGAGCACCAUCAAAACAAGAUGUCAAAGGUGAGGAUGUAUUUUCCAUACCAGAUGAGUGGUAGCCACUCAAGAUUGUUUUUAAUUAUGUUAACUGUAAAAUGUUGUUUCAGUUUUUAUGAUUACAAUACAUAUGUUAUAUGUAUAUACAUUUUUAAUAAAUUGUCCACUUUAGAUAUCAAGGGAUCUGUAGGUUUUUGGGAGUCUCAAACUCGGAACCAUGAAAAUAACAGUUCACAGACCCCAGUUUGAAUCUGAAAUCCUAUGAAUUGUUAUAAGUGUAUAUUACAUUUUCAUAGUUAUAUCAAGGGAUAGUUGGAAGAAGGAUCAUAUUCCUUUCUUGUUACUUUGCUCAUACUUUGUGUGUAUUUAACUAAUUGGGGUUGCAGAAGUCGAGUCUCAGCUCCUGGCCCUAUCUCUUGACUUAAAACUAGCUGGAUUUACAUAAAUACUUAUCCUUGGAGGUGUGUGUGGAAUUUGCCUCCACUACUUCAUCCAGGUCAUUCCACUUUCAUACCUAGGUAGUGUCACCUGAAAAAGAAGAAACACUUUCACCAUAUCACCAUCACCAUCUUGCUAGAGGCAUGCUGAUGUAACAUUACUGGUCAGAUGCCCCUCUAAACUGCAAUAUUUCCACCCCUCUUUCAGAGUGCAGGCACUGCACUUUCCACUUCCAGGACUUGACUCCUGCUAACCAAUUUUCCCAAAUCCCUUCAUGAAUGUUACCUUGCUCACACUCGAACAGCACAUUAAGUCUUCAUAACAUUCACAUGACACAAUACCCUCAGACAUUGCCACUUCCUCCAGCCUCCUCUGCAACAUUUAAAACCCAUGCUUCACACCCAUAUAAAAGUGUUGGUACCACUAUACUCUGGUACAUUCCCCUUUUUGCCUUUAUGUAUAAGGCUCGUCUCCACAGAUGUUUCAGUAUACCACCCCCCUUUUUUUUCCCCUCCUCAAUUCUGUGGUUCACCUCAUCUUUCAUAGACCUGCCCGCUAUUUAGAUUUUAAACGAGCAAGAGCAGGUGCCCAAUGUAUCAUACAAUCAGCCAAGGGUGCAUGUUGAUGUGCUUAUAACUAAAAAUCACCACCACUGUUAAAGCAUGGUAUCCAAGUGAAACGUCAUCUACUAAUAAAGGUUUUCAUACUGCUUGUGAGUCUUUCGUUAUGUAUAUUUUUUGUGUGAAUAUUUUUACCAAAGUCAUCUUCCACCAAGGUAGGGAGUCCCAAACAACAAGGUGUUUGUCAUCAUUCGUUCAAUUGCUGCUUUACCAGAGGUGUGUUGACACCACAGUUCAAAUGAUCCUCCGAAUUGUACCAUCCCCACCCUUUGUUUCCACCCCAUUCUAAACUGCUCACACAUGCCUGCUGGAUGCUCAAGCCCCUAGCACCCAAAGCCACCUGUACCUCCUCUCAACCACUUCUAGGAUGACCCCCUACUUCUUUCCCACCCCUGAUUUAUAUACCCGUUUCAUCAUCAUAGUACAAUGCCUGCACUUUAAAGGAGGUUUUUAGGAUAUUGGAAGUUUGUAGUGACAUCUAAAUUGCCAUAUCUGGGCGCCUCUUCAAAUGACAGUGAUAUUUUGCAAAUGGUGGCAAAAGUGUUGAUUGAUGGUGAAAGUGUCUCUUUUUCUGAGUCGCCCUGCCUCGGUGGGAGACGACUGAUGUGUUGAAAAAAAAAAAUUCUGAAUGCCCAAACCACCUCAAUGACCCCUUCUCAGUCAUCUGAAUUAUUCAUUUGGUGACCCCACACCAUGCUCAGAUUUCUUUCUUUCAACACACCGGCCGUAUCCCACUGAGGCAGGGUGGCCCAAAAGGAAAAACGAAAGUUUCUCCUUUUACAUUUAGUAAUGUGUACAGGAGAAGGGGUUACUAGCCCCCACUCCCAGUAUUUCAGUUGCCUCUUACAACACGCAUGGCUUACGGAGGAAGAAUUCUGUUCCACUUUCCCAUGGAGGUAAGAGGAAAUAAACAAGAACAAGAAUUAGAAAGAAAAUAGAAGAAAACCCAGAGGGGUGUAUGUAUAUAUAUGCUUGCAUAUGUAUGUGUAGUGUGACCUAAGUGCAAGUAGAAGCAGCAAGACAUACCCUGAAAUCUUGCAUGUUCAUGAGACACAAAAGACACCAGCAAUCCUACCAUCAUGUAAAACAAUUACAGAUUCUCAUUGUACACUCACUUGGCAGGACGGUAGCACCUCCCUGGGCGGUUGCUGUUUACCAGCCUACUACCUAGGAUGUUCAGAUUUCUCCUUUCCAAAUUCUCUGCAUAAUAUUCAUGCUGCACAUGUAAUUACACAAGAGGGGAUAUGAUUAUGGCAUACAAAAUACUUCAGGGCAUUAGCAGGGUAGACAAGGAUGGGCUUUUUCACAGAGGGAGAAAAAAGAACAAUAGCGCAUGGGCUUUAUCAAGACUAAGAAAUAUUGGAAAACUUUUCUUCAUUAUGAGAGUGAUAAAGAAUCAUAUUCAAUUGAAUGAUGACAUAGUGGAAGCAGACUCCGUUCAGGAUUUACAAAAUAAGUAAUGUAUAUUACAAAGCUAUUUCACACUAGUGCAUUGAAAGCCAAGAGGUGGGACCAGGCACCAGAGUACACCCCUGCAAAUUCAGCUAGGUAAUUACACUAUGACUGGGGCCUUUACACACACUAAUGUACAGUAUGCAUUUUUGUUGCACUAGGGAAAAAAAAUGUAAGAUAUGAGUGCCUCAAGGGUGGUUCCUGGAUGAUGGUGAGGGGCUUUUGAGCCAAGGAACUAGAAUUAGCCUCCCCUUCCUUGACACAGACUUGAAUGUUUUCCAUUCCAUAGGCAUUAUAUGACCCCUACAAGUUUAGCACUUUCCCCAUUCUGUGACAUAAAAAGUUGGCUUUCUUAUUUUAUUUAAAGUUAGUAAUAAAUACUUGACCUGAAAAAGUUUUAAAAUAUUGAGUGUGUGUAAGAGUAAUGUACAGGUGCUCCUUGACUUACAAUGAUUCGACUAAUGAUAUUUUAAAUUUACGAUGGUGCAAAAGCAACUGGUUACGGUAAUUAUUUGUUUAUUUACUUAUUCAGUGACAGUAAUACUUUAUUUAUUUAGCAUAUCAUAUUCAUAUCAGACUUAAGAUAUUUUUGACUGACAAUGGAUUCAUCAGAACGUAACCCCCAUCAUAAGUCGAGGAGCAGCUGUAAUGACAGAUAACACCAGUAAUUUCUGAGAAGCAUAUGCAGAUGUAUAAAUGUAAUUACCUACUUUUUUACCUGUUUGUAAUUACUGUCAAUAAAGCUUAUGUUAACAUUGUAAAAAUUUCUACAAAUAUUGAAUAAGAUAUAAAAUUUGAGUUCCAGUACUUUCACUCCAUACCAGUGAAGAAACCUUCUGCACUGCUUUUUAAACAGUAUACAAGUAAUUCCUUGUUCUCCCUUGUAGUAGCACCAAGAUAUCCUCCUUGUUUUUCUCACAUCCUUUUAUAAAUUUAUAUGUAGCUAUAACUUAUGGGUAUCUCAUGGAGAGGUGUCCUGUUCCACUUUGUGAGAAUUGUCUAGUUUAUGUUUCAAUUUCCUAUAUGCUAUUGGACUGUCCUGUCUAUCAACGAGCACACAGAAUUUUCCUCCGACGUCGUCACCGCGCUGACGCCCUUACUCUAUUUUCCUUCCUUGCUGACAGAUCCACCUUUGACACAGACUCCCCAUUCGACUUUUUGACAGCAACUGAUUUAUUACACAAACUUUGAUAAUCUUUCCUUUAGCACUCCUCACAGCAUCUCCUAACUUUACCUUUAUUGUCAUAUCCACCCUUAUUUAUCCUUAGAUCCUGCAUCAAUUUCUACCCUGCAGUGCUGUAUGACCCUGAUAGGUUUAGCACUUCCUUUUGAUUAUAAUAAUAAUUAGAAAUUUUUUUCUAAAAAUUGUAGUACCUACCACACUGUAAUUGGUGUUAAUUUAUUUUAAAUGAAUGAUAACUGUGUGCCAAGAAUGUUUCGAGGCUGCAAAUUAUAGGGAUUUAUAUAUUUUAUAUUGAUUGAAAUUGAUUCAGUAUAUACAAAAUUUGUAAAAUUUAAUAAGAGCAUAUCCUAUAUUUGGUCACAAUCUGUACUAGUACCUAGACAUACAGCAUUUAUACUAGUUCUUUUUUAUGUCUUUUGAGUCAGUGUCGAAAUAGUUAUUAUAUUAAGUGUUUGUACUGUAAGAUGAAAAGUGAAGUGUAACCUUAAUAUUGAAUGAUGAAUUUUUGUGUAAGUUCAGAAAUGAAUGUCAUUAGUGCUGAUACUAAGUACAAAAUAAAAGUAUUGUUUUAAUACUUCUUUGGUAAUUGUUUAAUUGUGUAUUAAGCUUAUUGGACUAGUAUAGGGGCAUAUCUGACUUUGUUGCUAAUUAUGAAUGAUUUACAGUAAUGUGUUAUAAGGUAUCCUUGCUUACUAAUUUUUUUUUUUUUUGGAGUGGCACUUCUGCAAAUGUCUUGGUUUUCAUUAUAUGUGUUACCACAGUAGUUUUCAAAUACCAUAUCUAUAUAAUCUUUUGCAUAUUUAGACAUGAAACACACUGUAAAGGUGAACAAUGAAUAUGCCUACAAGAAGCUGUUUACUGUAUGUCUAGUGUAAUAAACAAAAUAUGGUUGGAUUUAAUAUAAUGGAAUUAAGUUGUAUGAACCUGGCCAAACUUGGAGAAUGCAGUGUCUGCAUGGAGUCUGCAUCUGUUUAAAUAUGUGAGACAGCCUUAAAAAAUCUUAGAGGUUCUCAGUGAGAAAGAAAUGCUUUUGAUUUAUACAUUACUGAGGUUGGGAAUAUAAUCUAAGGUAUAUAAUACCUACAAGUUUAAUCAAUUGAAGACAUACACAACACCUGGAUAGCUUUAGUGAAGAGAUAUUUUACCCACUAGGGUCUGUAAUUCAUACAGACAUGAGAAUGGAACAUUUUAGUGGGGCUAAUGGAAGUAGUGACUCAGCAGGUGUAGUUACUUGUGGGUAGGGCUGACUGGUGGAAAUAGGUCAGGUCCAGAAGGUGGGCCAGAGAUUAGAAUAUAAAUCAUAAGAGACAUCCUCUAGUUUCCUUCAAGGAAAGCUAGCAGUCAGUCUUGUAGGCAGUUUUGUUGGGAAUAACAGUGGAUUACAGGAAUAACUGACCAUCAGGAAGUCAGAUUUUGCAAAAGAAUUUGCUCAAGUUUCUUUGUCAGUGUAUUGUAUGAAACUAAUUUUAGAAAAUAAGUAGUGAAUAUUAUAUUUGACCAUAGGUCUCAAGGGUCCAUGGAGCUGUUGUUGAAUUUCUGCAAACAGCUAGAGGUUGGUGAAGGACUUGAUCUAAGGGCAUUUCAAAUUGCUCUUGAUCCAAGGAAUGAUGAAACCUGUUUGCUGACCAGCUAAACCUUACAGGUUGAGCAGCUCCCCCAUGAAAUUAAUUUGUUUGGAAAGGGCAAAUCUGAAAGUUAAUUACCCCAUGCUGCAAUUAUCUUUUACAAUAAUUUUAUGUAUUAUUCUUUAUGCAGUAUGUGCCUCUUAAAGUAUACCUUUGAAGGGGUUUGAGAGUUUUCCUACUCUUGGGCCAGGCUUAUCUGUUUAUCAGGUUGUUAUUGCUGGUGGCCCACUGGCCAACAUAUCCUUUAUAGCCCAUCACUCAUAUGUUCUUGUGUGACAGAUUCACUAGCAGUUUUUAUAAAAAAAUUAGUUUUAUCAGUUGACAUAUCCUGUUAAUUUCAAGAGAAAUGUUUAUGUAAAAUAUUAAAGUUUAAGAAUUUAAUUA